AUGACUUCCAUAUCUAAUCCUAAUACCUAUCUUUCGAUUGUAUCCAUUUCAUAUUCGGUUGUCAUUUUAAGUUGCAGUGCAGUCAUUGCAUUCAUCUUGUUGUUCGAUUUUAUUCCAUCAUUGACGAGAGAAGUGAAUUCACAGAGAACCAUUUUAUCAGCACAACAACAACCAAAACAACAACCAAAACAUGGCGAAAUGACAAGUUUACACAAAGAUUCAUCCUCUCACCAAACACCAAAAAAGAUCAAAAAGAAUCCUUUCAUUAUUCAAAAUUUGAAAUCUCCUUUCAGACCUUUAUGGAAUAUGGAUCGACCAUUAUUCUUUAGAAUGGAAAUGAUGUUGUAUUUGAUCAUGUUUGUGUUUUUAAUCAUUCAAGAGGGAUUGGGAUUGUAUGUGAUGAAUUCGAGAUCGAAUGGUGAUGAGAAUUCUUUGAUGAACAAUAUUUUCACACAAAUUCAAUUCUUGUUCGAAAUUUUAUAUUCAUUGAGCUACUUGAUGGUAUUUGGAGGAUUUGCAUGUGGUGUGACUCUCUACUAUAGAAUUCAAAAGAGAAGAAAUCAGAGAAAUCAUUCGGAGGCACAUGAUGGAAACAAUGGUCGGCGUCAUGAUAUGAAUUCUUCUGAAGAUGAGAAUGACUUGUUGAACUUACUGGCCGAUGAAAGAGCAAGUGAAUUGUUCGAACGAUUUUGUGCGAAAGAGUUUUCUGUCGAAAAUUUGUAUGCUUGGAAAUAUUUGCACCGUUGCAAGGAGAAAUUGUUUGGUCAAGAUCUGGCCAUAAUUACUGAAAUUGUUCUCACUUUGAAUGAUCUUUAUAUUCAGAGUGGAUCUGACUAUGAACUCAACAUUCCAUCCUCUCUGAAAUCUCAAUUCAAGGUCAUGAGAUUGGCACUGCAAGAAGCAUCAUCUUUCGACACCACUAAACACAGAGAAUUGAUUGAGAAAGUUUAUUCGAGUCUUAUUGAAAAUUUACAACUGAACUUGGGUGACACAUUCUCGAGAUAUGAGCAUACCAUCGAGUAUCUUUCGUACAAGGAAAUUCAUUCUUUGCAAUUUGAACUCAAUUCCAAUGUCAAGAUUGUGGAAGAGUAA